GUAUUCACACAUAAUAACGUUUUCGAUCGUGUUCUUGAUUUCGACUAUAAAUUCCCCAAAAUCUCAUCCUUCCUUUCAUAUAAGUUGAACCCAUUUCAGCUGUCUACAAAUUAUAUAAGUUGUUUCUUUUCAUCAAGCAAUCAAUUCAAAAAGAUUACGAAUUCUGUUUGGAUCAGAUCAUACGAUGGCCGCACAAGCAAAGAAAACAGUUUAUGACUUCACUGUGAAGGAUGUAAAAGGGCAAGAUGUCGAUCUUAGCAAGUACAGGGGGAAAGUUUUGCUAAUUGUCAAUGUUGCUUCACAAUGUGGCUUUACUAAUUCUAAUUACCCUGAGUUGACAACCUUGUACCAGAAGUACAAGGAUCAAGGUCUUGAGGUUCUUGCGUUCCCGUGCAACCAGUUUGGCGGGCAAGAGCCUGGAUCCAAUGAACAAAUCCAGGAGUUCGCUUGCACCCGUUUUAAAGCGGAAUAUCCUGUCUUUAGCAAGGUGAACGUUAAUGGGAAAGAAGCAGAUCCGUUGUACAAGUUCUUGAAAUCGAGCAAAGGAGGGUUUCUCGGUGACAGCAUCAAAUGGAACUUCACCAAGUUCUUGGUGAACAACGAGGGAGAAGUGGUCGAUCGCUAUGCUCCCACAACGAGUCCUCUGAGCAUCGAGAAGGAUAUAAAGAAGCUGCUUAAUGCUGCUUAAAUAAGUUGGUGUCUGAUGAUGGGUCAUUUAGCAAUAAAUUGUUGGCAAAUCCAUAAUUAUUAGUUGUUACUAUGUAAUUAAGUUAUCUAUGAUGUUAAUGUAUUAAAUUAAAGGUUGGAUUAUUAUUUGGAAUAUUGGGAUUUCUUGACCCAUUUUUCUUGUUUCUUGUGAGAAAUUUUUAAGUUAUAUUUGCAAGCAA